AUGUCAUAUUUCACAUUCGAAUUCAACGAUAAAUCUCUGCCCAAUCAUUCACAACACAAAUCAAGUUUGCGCCCAGGUUCUAAUAAUGAUGUGAAACUCGUAAUUGAUAAAAUAAUUUCAUCCUGUUUUGACGAAGAAACAAUUGACAAGAUCAAAAGGUUCACGGCCAUCCCUUUGUCAGAAUUAAUUACUCCCUUCGAGAAUUCCAGAACCCAAAAAAUCCCCCGCCCACAAAAUAAGUUUGUCAUCUACCGAAGAAAUUUGCAGAUGCAAAUGGCUAUAGAAUGGGGUACGGUGCCUGUCAGAAAAUUGGAAUCGGUCUCAAAGAUUGCCGGAAGACGUUGGCGAGAAGAGGCCAGUGAAAUCAAAGAAUUAUUCGGCCUUAUUUCCGAGUGUGCCAAGAAGGUGCACAAUUUUUUAUAUCCGGAUUAUGUUUAUCGUCCAAGAAGGAGUGCCACAACAAAUACUCCGAUGAAUUCCUCGUUCCACAGAGUCUCUGUGAUUUACUGGAAGCGUGCAUCUUCAAAGCGUAUCGCUCCAAGAAUCACUUCUGCUGCUUCCGUCAAUUCUCUCAAACCUCUAUCAAUUUCUCCAAACAACAACUAA